AUGAGACUGAGAAUCGAAAACGGGCUGUUUAAGGACCAGGCGGGUCGAGAAGUCAUCCUCAGGGGUAUAAAUCUUGCUGGAGAUGCCAAAAAUCCACCACUUGGUCGUAGCAAAUCACCUUCUGAAAGAUCGGAUUCAGAUUCAUCUGGUUUGAUUGUCAUUGAUAAUGUGGAUGAAAACUCAUAUGUUGGAUCACCUUUUCCCUUAGCAGAGGCAGAUAUUCAUCUUGAAAGGUUAAAGAAGGCCGGGUUCAACACAAUUCGAUAUAUUUUCACAUGGGACGCCCUGGAACAUUCUGGUCCCGGCAUUUAUGAUGACAAAUACAUAGCAUUUACUAUUGAGAUUCUGAAAAAGAUUCGUAACCAUGGAUUAAUGGUGUUUCUAGACCCACAUCAGGACGUUUGGUCGAGAUUUUCUGGCGGUUCUGGUGCACCGCUCUGGACAUUAGAGCUGUUGGGUCUUAAUAAAGCUGCAUUCAUGGAAACACAAGCAGCUAUUGUUCUUGAUGGAGAAACUCCACCUCCAAUUAAGAUGCUGUGGGCAUCCAACUAUCAUCGGUUAGUGUGUCAGGUUAUGUUCACUGUGUUUUUUGCUGGUGAACAUUUUGCUCCCAAGUGUAAAGUAAAUGAUUUGAAUGUGGGUUUAUAUCUUCGACAACACUAUUUCGAUGCAAUCAUGCAUUUUGCUCGUAAAGUAGCCGAAGUCCCUGAAUUGGAGGAUACUGUUCUUGGUUGGGAGUCUAUGAAUGAGCCUGGCCAUGGUCUUAUUGCAUACCCUGACAUUACCAAACUUCCUGAUGACCCCGAACAUGUGAAGCUAGGCUCGUCACCUACCCCAUUUCAAGCCAUGCUCCUUGGAUUAGGGAUCCCUCAGACUGUUGAUGUGUGGACAUUCACCUCUAUGGGUGGCAAGAAAAGUGGGACUCAGACUAUCUGCCCAUCAAAACCCGUAUGGUUUACCGAAUUGGAACUCGCCGAAAUAGAUCUAAAAUACAAAUGGAAUAGAUCGUGGCCAGGUGGUUGUAUUUGGGGUUAUCAUGGGGUAUACGAGGGGAAGACUGUGGUUCGGCCAGAUUAUUUUACAUUUAGUAUCACUGGUAAGCCGCUUAAACCGCAUGCUUUUGUUGAAGAGUUUUUUGUUGAGCACUGGUUGGAUUACGAGAAACGCAUUCAUGAUAUUAAGCCGGACUGGUUUGUGUUUAUGCAAACCCCAGUUAACAACAAACCACCAGAUCUCCGGGGUCGUGGUAUAAAAUUCAACGAAGCAACUACCGUGUAUACACCCCAUUAUUAUGAUGGACUGACUUUGAUGUUGAAAAGAUGGAAGCAAAUAAAUGUUGACGCAGUUGGUGUUGUGCGAAAUCAUUACUGGUCGCCUGUACUUGCUGUCAGAAUCGGUGAGAAGGCUAUUCGAAAUUGUAUGACUGACCAACUACGCUAUAUUAAGACAGAGGGUAAGCUACUUAUUGGUGAGAACACCCCUUGUUUGUUUUCAGAAAUUGGCAUUCCUUAUGAUCUCGAUAGUAAACGAGCAUAUCAAACGGGUCAAUACAACUCACAGAUUCGGGCUAUGGAUGCAAAUCAUAAUGCUCUUGACCAGUCCCAUUUACACCAUACUCUUUGGGUAUAUACUGCCAACAACUCGCACAAACAUGGCGAUCAUUGGAAUGGCGAAGAUCUAAGUAUUUGGAGUAAGGAUGACCAGGUAAAGGGCAUCAACGAUGGGUUCAGAGCUGGCGAAGCUGUUAUCCGCCCAUAUCCAGUUGCAGUUAAUGGCAAGAUCAAGUCGUAUGGAUUUGACAUAUCAAAAGCUCUUUUCAGCCUCACUUUACACGCCACGGAUCCCGGCAUUUCUGAGGUGUAUCUUCCUGAAUUCUACUUCACAGAAGAGCGUACGGGAGUAUCCACUUCUUCUGGAACAUGGAAGAUCAAGUCAAACACCCUUUAUUGGAGUCACUCCUCUGGUACUCAAACCCUACGAGUGCGGGGUAUACCGAAACACACAGAGCAACCCUGUGUGAUUAUGUGA